AUGAAGCCUAUGAUUGCAGUUCCGGCCACUCUGCUGCUGAUACAUCGCGCCUGGUCACGAAAAUCGCUGACGCCGCUGGGCAUUGUUUUUGCGGCGCUCACAGCGACAGUCCAUGCAGUCCACCCCUCUUCUGUCCCGUUUGCCCUGCUCAUCGUCUUCUUCCUGGGUGGCACAAGGGUGACAAAGGUGAAACACAAUGUGAAGGCCCGCCUGACGAUAUCAGCGACGGGAGCGGCGGGUGGUGAGGGCUCGCGGACCCAUAUCCAGGUGCUUGCAAACUCUGGGGCUGCAUCGAUUCUCAUAUUACUCGACUGCUAUCGAAUAUACUGCAGAAACGGGGACCUACCAUGCUUCCCCUACGGCAGGCCGGAAAGCCUGCCCAUGGUCGGGAUCGUUUCGACCUACGCUGCCGUUGCUGCUGAUACCUUCUCGAGUGAACUGGGGAUCCUCUCCAAGAGCACGCCCCGUCUGAUCACCUCGCCUACCUUUCGAAAGGUCCCGCCUGGGACGAAUGGCGGCAUAACGCUCGUUGGCGUUGCGGCCGGCUCGCUGGGGGCUCUCACGAUUGCCAUCACGUCUCUGCUGCUUCCGUUUUGUUCCUUGGGUUCGCCGGUUGCGGGUGGUGCGAUCCUUGGCCUUGACGGCGGGUGUGCUUGGGGCUGGAGGGAAAAGAGCCUGUGGGUGCUGGCAGUCGCGGUGUGUGGUACGCUGGGGAGCCUUCUCGACAGUCUUCUUGGGGGCCUGCUGCAAGCCACAGUCGUCGACAAGCAGACCGGAAAGGUCGUCGAAGGCAGCGGUGGUCAAAAGGUGCUUAUUCAUGCUGGCGCGUUAACUUCCAGAAUCACGGGAGAUCCGCCUAUCCGGCAAGAAACAUCCCUUCGAACGAACGAGACCAUCGCCAACGCCCUGACUCCUCAUGCCUCUCCGCGCGAUGAUAACCCUGGCGUCUCAGAUCCAGCCCACGAGAGCCGCAAGGUCACUGCCGGCCGUGACAUACUGGACAACAACGCCGUCAACUUUCUGAUGGCGAGUAUGAUGGCUGUCGGUGGCAUGGCCACCGCCAGCUUUGUCUGGGGUUCGCCCAUCAGCAAUAUAUUCCUGAGACGAUAA